CUGUGAACAUAUGGUUACCAUUGCGUGAUCUAUUUGCAUAGCUCAGAUUUACUAUGAUUCAAUCAGAUUCAUCCCAUCCACAGCCUUCUCCACCUCGAAUAUUCUUCUGUUGUUGGGACUGGUGUCGACUCACCUUCUCAACCGUUGACGAACUUGCUUCUCAUGUCAGACAUAAUCACAUUUGGAAACUUCAGCCAAUGAGCAAAAAGGAAAUCGUGCUCAUGAGAAAGCAGGAUGCAGAUGAAGCUCGAAGCAUGUCUGAGCCGUCGGGCAGCUCGGUACCAGUGCACUUUCCCAACGGUGGAUUACAGUUAUCGAGUGCCGAUUCUACGGAACAAGUCUCGUCAUGCUCUGAGCCAUUCGACUCAUCACGAGCACCUCCAUCGCAAAUUCUGAGCCCAGGCCCUUUGAUGCCUCCUACCACCCAUACUUCUACUUCGUUCCCCCCGCCGGACACAACACCGCCACCUCCCGCAAUGCACGGUGUUGACCUGCAACAACCCUCUACUGCGCUGCAGGCCACACCUGCAAGGGGACGGAGAUUUCCAUCUUUUGCUCAGCUGUCAUCACCAGCUGACAUCUCGUCUAUUGCGUCUCUUCCGCGAUCACCAGACCUCAGCGCGCUCUCCCUCCGCCCUAAUCUUGCGGCUCAAAUCGAUUCCUUUGAUCGGCGACACAGUAGACUUAGCGAGAAUGCUCAGACACGCGCUAAUACCCGCCCUUUGCAACACUCUUUCUCUGACUCAUCAAGCUCGUCGCAAGAUGCAGUGGAGCGACAGCUCAUACGGGAGGAUAUAGCGGACGUUAGUGUCCAGAUCCAAGCACCAGAGGCGGUUCACAACGGUGCGGCAGAAGGUGCAGCAUUGUCUACCUCCGAGGAUCCAGCCACCAUCGUCGCGGACAUGGUUUUGGACAUCGCUGACGCUGAUCUCCAGUGGCCUGAAUCUGAACCCGAGCAAACUCCCGCUAGCCAGCCACGACAACUCUCUCCGCCGAUCGAGAGAGAGGAGGUUGAGCGCAUAGAAUGUCGCAGCUCUCCCUUUGUGUUCCAGAAUGACAGAGGAAGAUACUUCCGUUCUGGCACGCUCCAUAUUUCACCAUUGCCCAAAAGCACUGCACCAAAAUCAACAUUCGGGCCUUCCCAAUCGUCACAAGACUCUCAAGAGACUUCCAAUUCGGACUUUUCGCAGAAUUCUGCACAAUCACAUUCCCUAGUGCUUCAGACGCAAGCACCAUACCAGAGCCAGUCAAACGAGCUUUCACAAAGUUGAGGUGUAUCACGUGGUUUUGCGAAUAUUCUCAAUCUAGCGCUCACCUUGUUUUAACUCGAUAUAACAGUAGCUCGGAAUUGUGUCCACCACGAAAAGUUGUGCGUUGCAGUUCCAUUCCAUACAACACAGAACGGUACUGUAUCUGCGUUCGUAUACUAGAAAUAUAAUAUUGGUCUAGGCAGCUGAGGACAGUUGAACUAACUUAGGGUGAUGAUUAGAAUACAAGUGCAUACGACAUAAAUACUCUUGAGCAACCUGAUUCCAUCACA